GCGCAGAGCCCCUUCCCAGCUCAGCCAAGGCACCGCGACCACCGCGGCCGCCCCCCCCCGCCGCCCCGGCCAUGAGGUCGGGCCGGAGAGACGGCACCUGUGCGGGGAGGUGAGCGGAGCCCCGGCGCCUUCCUCCUACCCCCGGGCAGCCACCGCGGCGGGGGAAGCGCAGGGGGUGGAGGAAGAGAAAGGGAUUUUUAUUUUUAUUUUAUUUUAUUUAUUUAUUUUUUUUAUAAUACAUCAAUAUAUUUUUGCUGCGAUCAAUCCCGAUCCCGCGACUGAAGCCCCCGGAGGGAGAAGUGCUGCGCGCUGUGAUGCGUCUUCCUCUCGCCUCGGCUGCCAGUUUGGAUUGUAGCGCCCGGCUCCGUGCACCGCGAGGAUGGCUCGGUUUGGGGAUGAUCUGCCGACCCGCUAUGGAGGUGGAGGGCCGGCCGGGACUGGAAGAGGGAGCAGCCGGCAAGGUGGCCCCCAAGCCGGCCAAAGGAUGUAUAAGCAGUCGAUGGCUCAGAGGGCCAGGACUAUGGCUCUCUACAACCCCAUCCCUGUCAAACAGAACUGCUUCACAGUCAACAGAUCCCUCUUCAUCUUCAGUGAAGAUAAUGUUAUACGGAAAUACGCCAAGCGAAUAACAGAAUGGCCUCCAUUUGAAUACAUGAUUUUAGCUACAAUCAUAGCCAAUUGUAUCGUGCUGGCUCUGGAACAGCACUUGCCGGAUGGAGACAAGACGCCGAUGUCGGAGAGAUUGGACGACACUGAGCCCUACUUUAUUGGAAUAUUUUGUUUCGAGGCUGGGAUAAAAAUCAUCGCUCUGGGGUUUGUUUUUCACAAAGGCUCUUACCUGCGGAACGGCUGGAACGUGAUGGAUUUUGUCGUGGUCCUCACAGGGAUUCUGGCGACUGCUGGCACUGAUUUUGACCUGAGGACGCUGCGAGCUGUGCGAGUGCUGCGACCCCUGAAACUGGUGUCGGGAAUCCCGAGCCUGCAGGUUGUGCUCAAGUCCAUCAUGAAGGCCAUGGUGCCCCUGCUGCAGAUCGGGCUGCUCCUCUUCUUCGCCAUCGUGAUGUUUGCCAUCAUCGGGCUGGAGUUUUACAUGGGCAAGUUCCACAAAACCUGCUUCUCCAACGAGACAGGUGAUGAGGUGGGAGAUUUCCCUUGUGGAGAGGAGCCCCCUGCCAGGCAGUGUGAGAGUGGGACCACCUGCAGGGAGUACUGGCAAGGGCCCAACUACGGCAUCACCAACUUCGACAACAUCCUCUUCGCUGUGCUCACCGUCUUCCAGUGCAUCACCAUGGAGGGAUGGACAGACAUCCUCUACAAUACAAACGACGCUGCAGGAAAUACCUGGAAUUGGCUUUACUUCAUCCCUCUCAUCAUCAUUGGCUCUUUCUUCAUGCUCAACUUGGUGCUGGGCGUCUUAUCAGGUGAAUUUGCCAAAGAACGGGAGCGGGUGGAGAACCGCCGAGCUUUCCUCAAGCUCCGCCGGCAGCAGCAGAUCGAGAGGGAGCUCAACGGGUACCUGGAGUGGAUCUUCAAAGCAGAGGAGGUCAUGCUGGCGGAGGAAGACAAGAACGCAGAAGAGAAAUCUCCUCUGGACGUGUUGAAAAGAGCCGCAAUAAAGAAGAGCAAAAACGACCUGAUUCAUGCAGAAGAAGGUGAGGACCAUUUCACAGACAUUUGCUCUGUUGGGUCUCCUUUUGCCCGUGCCAGUUUGAAGAGCGGGAAGAACGAGAGCUCGUCCUACUUCAGGAGGAAAGAGAAGAUGUUCCGGUUCUUCAUCCGGCGCAUGGUGAAGGCUCAGAGCUUCUACUGGAUUGUCCUGUGUGUGGUGGCCCUCAACACCCUCUGUGUGGCCAUGGUGCACUAUGACCAGCCGGAGAAGCUCACCACUGCUCUCUAUUUUGCAGAGUUUGUUUUCCUGGGGCUGUUCCUUACUGAGAUGUCUUUGAAGAUGUAUGGACUGGGGCCAAGGAACUACUUCCACUCUUCAUUCAACUGCUUUGACUUUGGGGUCAUCGUGGGAAGUAUAUUUGAAGUCAUUUGGGCUGCAGUGAAACCAGGAACCUCAUUUGGCAUCAGUGUAUUGAGGGCACUUCGACUGCUGAGGAUUUUCAAAGUAACAAAGUACUGGAAUUCCCUGAGGAAUCUGGUGGUCUCCCUGCUGAACUCCAUGAAGUCCAUCAUCAGUUUGCUUUUCCUGCUGUUCCUGUUCAUCGUGGUGUUUGCUCUGCUGGGGAUGCAGCUCUUUGGAGGACAGUUCAAUUUCCAAGACGAAACUCCGACCACGAAUUUCGACACCUUCCCCGCCGCCAUCCUCACCGUGUUCCAGAUCCUGACGGGGGAGGACUGGAAUGCUGUGAUGUACCACGGGAUCGAGUCGCAGGGCGGGGUCCGCUCGGGGAUGUUCUCCUCCAUCUACUUCAUCGUCCUGACGCUGUUUGGGAACUACACCCUCCUGAACGUCUUCCUGGCCAUCGCUGUGGACAACCUGGCAAACGCCCAGGAGCUGACCAAGGACGAGGAGGAGAUGGAGGAAGCCACCAACCAGAAGCUGGCCCUGCAGAAGGCCAAGGAAGUGGCCGAAGUGAGCCCCAUGUCUGCAGCCAACAUUUCCAUAGCAGCCAAGCAGCAGAACUCCUCCAAAUCCAAGUCUGUCUGGGAGCAGAGGACCAGCCAGAUCCGGAUGCACAACUUCCGAGCCAGCUGCGAGGCCCUGUACAACGAGCUGGACCCCGAGGAGCGGGUCCGUUACGCCACCACCCUGCACAUCAGGCCGGACAUGAAGACCCACCUGGACCGGCCGCUGGUGGUGGAGCCCCGGAGCGAAGGCAGGAACAACAUCAACAAGCUGAGCCCCGGGGACGUGCAGGAGGUGCAGGAGCACCCCAAGGGCAGCUCUGCUGACGGGGCAGAAGCUCCGCGGAAGCACCACCGGCACCGGGAUAAGGAGAAACAGGCGGAGCAGGAGAAGGGCGACGCGCCCAAGGAGGAGAGCGCGGAGACCGCCAACAAGGAGGAGAGGCACCGGCAGCACCGGAGCCGCAGCAAGGAGGUGGAAGGCGGGAGCAAGGAAGGGAAGAGUGAGCGGAACAGGGGGCAGGAAGGGGGGAAGAGGCACCACCGGCGGGGCUCGGUGGAGGAGUCGGGGGAGAAGGAGCACCGCAGGCACCGCACUCACCGGCACUCCACCGAGCGCCAGGGCAAGGACGGCAACGGCACCGCCAACGGCGCCCGCGGGGAGCGGCGCUCCCGGCACCGCGGAGGGUCCCGCUCCGGCAACAGGGAUGGGGAGCCCAAGGGGGAGAACGGAGAGGAGCCCCACAGGCGGCACAGGCUCAGGAACAGGGCCCUGUCCACCUACGAGUCGGUGGAGAAGGAGAAUGGGGAGAAGGAGGCGGAGGCUGGAGAGAAGGAGCACCGGAACCACCAGCCCAAGGAGAACCAGGUUGAGCUGGAGGCCAGUGGCAGUGUGAGUGUCCCCGUGCACACCCUGCCCAGCACGUACCUGCAGAAGGUGCCGGAGCAGCCCGAGGACGCCGACAACCAGAAGAACGUGACGAGGAUGAUCCAACCCCCCCUGGACAAAACCACCACUGUGAACAUCCCCGUCACCAUCACGGCCCCCCCGGGGGAGACCACUGUCAUACCAAUGAACAAUGUGGAGUUUGAAAGCAAAACAGAGGAGAAGAAAGACGUCGAUGACCUGACGAAAAAUGGGCCUAAACCAAUCCUGCCUUACAGCUCCAUGUUCAUCCUGAGCCCCACAAACCCGAUUCGGCGGCUCUUCCACUACAUCGUCAACCUGCGCUACUUCGAGAUGGUCAUCCUGAUAGUCAUUGCCCUCAGCAGCAUUGCCCUGGCUGCAGAAGACCCUGUGCAAGCUGAGUCACCCAGGAAUGAUGCUCUGAAAUACUUGGAUUAUAUAUUUACAGGUGUCUUUACCUUUGAGAUGGUGAUCAAGAUGAUUGACCUGGGGCUGUUACUCCACCCUGGCUCCUACUUCCGUGACCUGUGGAACAUCCUGGACUUCAUUGUGGUCAGUGGGGCCUUGGUGGCCUUUGCCUUCUCAGGAACCAAAGGCAAGGACAUCAACACCAUCAAGUCCCUGCGAGUCCUGCGGGUCCUCAGACCUCUGAAAACCAUCAAGAGGCUGCCAAAGCUAAAGGCUGUCUUUGACUGUGUGGUGAACUCCCUGAAGAACGUCCUCAACAUCCUCAUCGUUUACAUGCUCUUCAUGUUCAUUUUUGCCGUCAUUGCCGUGCAGCUCUUCAAGGGUAGAUUCUUCUACUGCACUGACGAGUCCAAGGAGCUGGAGAAGGACUGCAGGGGUCAGUACCUCGAUUAUGAAAAGAAUGAGGUGGAGGCCCAGCCCAGGGAAUGGAAAAAAUACGAGUUCCACUAUGACAACGUGCUCUGGGCUCUGCUCACGCUCUUCACCGUGUCCACGGGGGAAGGGUGGCCAACCGUGUUGAAGCACUCGGUGGACGCCACCUACGAGGAGCAGGGUCCCAGCCCUGGCUACAGGAUGGAAAUGUCCAUCUUUUACGUGGUGUAUUUUGUUGUCUUCCCUUUUUUCUUUGUGAACAUCUUUGUGGCUUUAAUCAUCAUCACCUUCCAAGAGCAAGGAGAUAAAGUGAUGUCAGAGUGCAGCCUCGAGAAAAACGAGAGGGCCUGUAUAGACUUUGCCAUAAGUGCCAAGCCCCUGACCCGGUACAUGCCCCAGAACAAGCAAUCCUUCCAGUACAAGAUGUGGAAAUUCGUGGUGUCCCCUCCCUUCGAGUAUUUUAUCAUGGUCAUGAUCGCCCUCAACACCAUCGUCCUCAUGAUGAAGUUCUAUGAUGCUCCAGAAGCAUAUGAAGAAAUGCUGAAAUGCCUGAAUAUUGUGUUUACAUCCAUGUUUUCAAUGGAAUGUGUGCUGAAGAUCAUUGCCUUUGGUGUGCUGAAUUAUUUCCGAGAUGCCUGGAAUGUCUUUGAUUUUGUCACAGUGUUGGGAAGUAUUACUGAUAUUUUAGUAACCGAGAUCGCGGACACGGACAACUUCAUCAACCUCAGCUUCCUGAGGCUCUUCAGGGCAGCCAGACUCAUCAAGCUCCUCCGCCAGGGCUACACCAUCCGAAUCCUGCUCUGGACAUUCGUGCAGUCCUUUAAGGCCUUGCCUUAUGUGUGUCUCCUCAUUGCAAUGCUCUUCUUCAUCUAUGCCAUUAUUGGCAUGCAGGUAUUUGGGAACAUUGCAUUAGACGACGAAACCUCCAUUAAUCGGCACAACAACUUCCGGACCUUCCUCCAAGCCCUGAUGCUUCUGUUCAGGAGUGCCACGGGGGAAGCCUGGCACGAGAUCAUGUUGUCCUGCUUGAGCAACAGAGCCUGUGACCCCCUCUCUGGCCUCACCAAGAAGGAAUGUGGCAGUGAUUUUGCCUAUUUCUACUUCGUGUCCUUCAUCUUCCUCUGCUCCUUCCUGAUGUUGAACCUGUUUGUGGCUGUGAUCAUGGACAACUUUGAAUACCUGACAAGGGACUCCUCCAUCCUGGGCCCUCACCACUUGGAUGAGUUUGUCCGUGUGUGGGCCGAGUACGACCCCGCUGCCUGCGGUCGCAUCAGUUACACAGACAUGUAUGAGAUGCUGAGACACAUGUCCCCACCUCUAGGCCUUGGAAAGAAAUGCCCUGCUCGUGUCGCCUAUAAGCGCCUGGUGAGGAUGAACAUGCCCAUCUCCCCCGAGGACCUGACCGUGCACUUCACAUCCACGCUGAUGGCCCUGAUCAGGACUGCCCUGGAGAUCAAACUGGCCUCAGGUGGAGUUAAACAGCACCAGUGUGAUGCUGAGCUGAGAAAGGAGAUCUCCCUGGUUUGGCCCAACCUGUCCCAGAAGACUCUGGAUUUGCUGGUGCCUCCUCACAAACCUGAUGAAAUGACUGUGGGGAAGGUCUACGCAGCACUGAUGAUAUUUGACUUCUACAAGCAGAAUAAGAACAGCAGGGAACAAGUCCAACCCCCCGGAGGCCUCUGCCAGCCUGGCCCAGUGUCCCUGUUCCACCCCUUGAAGGCCACCCUGGAGCAGACCCAGCCCACAGCGUUCAACAACGCCAAGGCCUUCCUGCGCCAGAAGAGCUCGGCCUCCCUCAACAACGGGGGGGCUCUCCCAGCCCCAGAGGGGGGGAUCAGAGAGUCCAGCUCCUGGGGGACCCAGCGCACCCAGGACGUGUUUUAUGAAACCAGGACCCCGGCUUUUGAGCGAGGCCACUCCGAGGAGAUCCCCAUCGAACGGGUGGUAGAAAUGAGGGAAAUCAGCCCCACAGUUGCCAAUGGAGAGCCCCAGCCAGGCCUGGAGAGCCAGGGCCGGGCGGCCUCCAUGCCACGCCUGGCUGCCGAAACCAAGCCCAUCCCGGACACGAGUCCCAUGAAACGCUCCGUGUCCACGCUGACCCCGCAGCGCCCUCAUGCCAUGCACCUCUACGAGUACUCCCUGGAGAGGAUGCCCCCGGAGCAGGGGCACCACCACCACCACCACCGCUGCCACCGCAGGAAAGAGAAGAAGCAGAAGUCCCUGGACAGGGCCGCCCAUCACUUGGCCGAUGGACAGGCUGUAGCCCAGGCCGGUGAGUCUUCUGCCAAGGACAAGAAGGAGCGUGGGCGGUCCCAGGAGAGGAAGCAGCACUCCUCCUCCUCCUCCGAGAAGCAGCGCUUCUACUCCUGCGACCGCUACGGCAGCCGGGAGCGCUCCCAGCCCAAGUCUGCUGAGCAGAGCAGGCCCACCUCCCCCAACGGGGGCCCAGAGCAAGGUCCACACAGACAGGGCAGUGGUUCAGUUAAUGGGAGCCCCUUGCUGUCGACAUCUGGUGCUAGUACCCCAUGCCGGGGUCGGAGGCAGCUCCCACAGACUCCACUGACCCCACGCCCCAGCAUCACUUACAAGACCGCUAACUCCUCGCCCGUGCACUUCACCAGUAUCCAACCCGGCCUCCCCACCUUCUCCCCGGGACGCCUGAGCCGCGGUUUGUCGGAGCACAACGCGCUGCUCCGCGGGGAGCACCAGCCGCCUCCGCCGCCCGUGGCCCGCACCGGCUCCGACCCCUACCUGGGGCCCCGCGACGACGCCGACAGCCCCUCGCGCGCCGCGCCCGAGGACACGCUCACCUUCGAGGAGGCCGUGGCCACCAACUCGGGGCGCUCCUCAAGGACUUCCUACGUCUCCUCCCUGACCUCCCAGUCGCACCAAAUCCGCCGCGUGCCCAACGGCUACCACUACACGCUGGGGCUCAACACGGGCCCCGGCGCCGGCACCAGAGGACGUAGCUACUACCACGAAGCUGACGAGGACGACUGGUGCUAGCGGCCUGGCAGAGCCCUCCGCGGCGGGCGGGUUUAAUUAUGAUGAGUUUUAUCAUCUGGAAGGCCGGCGGGGCAGCCCCUGCCACGAGAACUGCUCUGCGCCCCCGGGGCCGGAGACGCUCCUGCAGCCUCUCUCCUCUCUUUGUUCUUUAUUUAUUUUUAAUUUUUUUUUUCUUUUUUUAUUUUUUUUUUUUUUUUGCACUAGACAAACGGAGGAAGAAGGCUCCCUCCUUUGGGGGAAGGCAGCACAUCUCUCUGUCCCCCCUGGCCCGCCUCCCCACUGCCCUGUCUAGUCACAGACACGCACCAGGUGCCAAGUUGGCGACAGAGGCGAGAAGCCGAGCGAAGAGGGAUCCUCACCUUCGGCGGUGGAAGAGCAGACUGUCCAUCCUUCCCGAGAUCGGCGCAGUUUCUGUUGGGCUAUUUCUCAGUUAAUUUAUCAGCAUCAUUUUUUUCCCCUCCCCGGUCAGGGUGGGAGUGGGGGGUCUCAAAGGACACGCGGGGACAAGGAUCACGCCCGCGCUCGGCCUCGUCGGCCGCUCCGAAGGGAGAGAUGUACCCGAGCAACUGGGAGAGGAGGAACACAGCCCGGAACAAAGGACAGUCCGUUGGGACUUGAUGUUCAGCCACAGGAAUUCCUUUUUGGCAGAGCUGGUGCCACCCCCCCCAGAGGUGACCCCGGCAGCCGGGACCCUGCUGUGACAGCGCUGCCGUGGGGGUCCCUCUUACCCCACCCACCACAUCGGGUCCUUCACACUGACACACCACAAAACCACAGGAGAGCUACUUUGUAAGGACUGUUUUCCUUGCUGCUGAGACUUUCCAUUCCGCCCCUCUCUGCGACACGCCCCUCACUGUUUUGUCUUGUUUACAAUAUAAGCUUGAUUUAGCAAAAAAAAACCACAAAAAAACAC